UGUCGGUGUCGGUGUCACGGCACCGAACCUGAUAAACGUUUGUGGACCACCCGGAGCAUCCCUUGCACCGCCGACGGAUUACACGACGGCUGCAGCUGCGGCUGCAGCAGCAGCAGCGGCGGCAGCAGCAGCGGCUGCAGCGGCGGCAUGUUAUCCCACGGGAUCCCAACAACAACAACAACAACAACCACCACAACAACAACAACAACAACAUCCUAUAUCCCAUGUCGUUGAUACCACGAUGACGCCAACGUCAGCACCUGUGCCGACCCCGACUUCGGCUUCGGGUCCUAACAAUCCUGUUGCCAUGAGUCAACUUGGUACUGUCUAUGCUACAAAAAGAAGACGAAGAAAUGGCAAAAGUUUAAAACCACCACAAAAGGAUGGCGUGACGAAGUCUAAUCCGAGUAAACGACACAGAGAACGUUUGAACGCCGAACUGGAUACAUUGGCAUCAUUACUUCCAUUCGAACAAAAUAUUCUAAGCAAACUUGAUCGUCUAAGUAUCCUCAGGCUCAGCGUCAGUUAUCUACGCACCAAAAGUUACUUUCAAGUGGUGAUGCACAAGGACAAGGAAGAAAAUUCGCAUCAUGAUUCGCAUUACCGUGCACGUGAGUUGGCUGCCUUAGCUGCGUACGAUCAUCAUCACCUUGACGGUGAAAUGUUCCUACAGGCACUGAACGGUUUUCUGCUGAUAUUAACCUGCGACGGGGAGGUUUUCUUUGCUACCCACAGCAUAGAAAGUUACCUUGGCUUUCAUCAGUCGGACAUCGUUCAUCAGAGCGUUUACGAAUUGGUGCAUAGCGAAGAUAGAGAAGAAUUACAAAGACAAUUAAUGUGGAAUUCAUUUUUACCUGCUGAAAAUGCAAGUCUCCCUCUUCACGAUGCGUUAUCACCUCAACACAGUCAUCUACUUGAACGCAGUUUUACCGUACGCUUUCGUUGUCUUCUGGACAAUACGUCGGGAUUUUUGCGCUUGGAUAUCAGGGGACGAGUUAAGGUACUCCAUGGACAAAAUAAAAAAACCGAACAACCGCCACUGGCCUUGUUUGCCUUGUGUAUACCAUUCGGGCCACCCUCGCUUUUGGAAGUACCACAGAAGGAAGUUAUGUUUAAGAGCAAACACAAAUUAGACCUCGGCUUGGUAUCGAUGGAUCAACGAGGGAAAAUGCUUUUAGGAUAUACGGACGUUGAACUUGCCAACCUGGGUGGCUACGAUCUCGUUCAUUACGAUGAUUUGGCCUAUGUAGCCAGUGCGCACCAAGAAUUAUUAAAAACGGGAGCAUCCGGUAUGAUAGCAUACAGAUUUCAAACGAAAGACGGUGGAUGGCAAUGGUUGCAGACGAGUUCCAGGCUGGUAUAUAAAAAUUCCAAGCCAGAUUUUAUAAUAAGUACUCAUCGGCCGUUGAUGGAAGAGGAAGGUAGAGAUUUGUUGGGAAAACGAACCAUGGACUUCAAAGUGAGCUACUUGGACGCUGGUUUAACCAACAGUUACUUUUCCGACAGUGAUAGUUUAACAGGUUCCGUGAUGACACCUACGCUUCCGACCCAAUCAACACCGCAAAGGGUGAACAGAAGAUACAAAACUCAAUUGCGCGACUUUUUAUCGACGUGUCGGAGUAAAAGGACCAAACUUUCCACGCAAUCCUCGGUAUCACCCCCAGCUACUCCCACGAUGGCAUCGGUGGAUUAUCUCACGGCCGAUAGUAGUGCCGCCGCCGCAGUGGCUGCAGCUUAUAGCAACCUGAACACGAUGUAUCCUACACCUUACGCCCCCACUGCUGUAGCUGCGAGCGCCGAUCCAUCCUUGACUACUUACAUCGGUCAUACGAGUAAUUACCAUCAAACGCUUUACCCAGCCACUGCGUUGGAUAACAGGUACCUUACAGCGGCUACGGAGAAUCUCUUUCAAUACAGGCCACUUGGUUCUUACUACCCAGAAUAUCACACAAGUACACCGUACAAUGGGUUCAUCGACGUAUCUCUACCAACAUACGAGACUCAUCAACUAACAAGCAAAACGGAGGAGAAGCUGUAUUGUCAGCAACUCGGUAGCGCCGAGUCACCGAAGUACAACUACGUCGAAGCAAGUAGACAUCCGAGUAGCGUGAGUGGUUCCCCUUAUGCGGCCAGCCCAGUCGCCAGUGCGUCGACGAUGCACGUUACGACGGCAGACAUCAACGUCGCUCGCGCCGGAAGCAGGCACUCGCUCGAAGGCGGUGCCUCUUCAAGUAACUCGGCCGGAAGUUCACCGGUUACCGGAACGACCAACGGAGUCCUCACUCCCAAAAUGGAAGACGUUAAACCGGAAGUCUACGGAAACGAGGCGCCACGGCAAACGGUUCUCAUGUGGGGAGCUCCUCCUUCUCGUACGCCACCAAGAAACAAUGGUAGCUACAGCCCACCGACUCCUCAUUCGACGCAUUCUUCAACACACUCGACCAACGCUCCGGUCACAAAUGCAGGUGAUCCUUUGAAGUCUCUCGCGGAAAUGAAUUCAAUGAACGGUGAUUGCAAGUGGCGACAAACGUCUCCGAGCGAUCAGCAACAAGCGGUCACGGCUUCCAGUCCUCCGAGAAACAAACAGCAUCACCCGCAACAACAGCAAACACCUCAACAACAAACUCAACAGCAACAACAGCAGCAGCAGCAGCAACAACAACAGCAGCCGCAAUCGCAGCAGCAACAUCAUCAACAACAACCGCAAACGCAGCAACAUCAGGCACAAUAUCCUGUCGCCACGACCCAAUAUCAAGCAGCUGCUGCAGCAGCAGCAGCGGCAGCGGCCGCUACAGCGAGCACCAUAGGAUAUGCGCACUCUCAUCCAGGCCAUGGCCACGGGGAAGCGGGCUCCGAGGUAUGGCAAGGAGUGCAACACCACCAUCACUACCAGUACUAUCCCUACCACCAUCACCACCCCGCACCACCAAGGCACACGCCCCACACACCGCCGUCAGGUGCGGGAGCGGGGAGUGCGGUGGGAAUAGGCAUGGGCAUGGGCAUGGGCAUGGGCAUGGGCAUGGGCAUGGGCAUGGGCAUGGGCAUGUCCCUAGGCUCGGACAGCACCACCAACAACAGCAACGUAUUAUAUCAUCCUCCGCACCACCACCACCACCAUCACGUAGUGGGCUCAUCGACGGGGGCAACGGUGGCCUCAACUGUACCACAGAUUCCAAACCGGACGCCGGGAGUCCUUUGUUGUCCAUCUCUGAGGUGACCAACACCCUGCUCAACCAAUAGCCCUAUCACCGCCACAACGUCCCUUUAUCU